AUGACCACCAGUACAACUAUCGCUACUGAGAGGGCAGAUAAAAGGACCACUAUGACCACCAGUACAACUAUCGCUACUGAGAUGGCAGAUAAAAGGACCACUAUGACCACCAGUACAACUAUCGCUACUGAGAUGGCAGAUAAAAGUACCACUAUGACCACCAGUACAACUAUCGCUACUGAGAUGGCAGAUAAAACAACCACUAUGACCACCAGUACAACUAUCGCUACUGAGACGACAGAUAAAAGGACCACUAUGACCACCAGUACAACUAUCGCUACUGAGACGACAGAUAAAAGGACCACUAUGACCACCAGUACAACUAUCGCUACUGGGACGGCAGAUAAAAGUACCACUAUGACCACCAGUACAACUAUCGCUACUGAGAUGGCAUAUAAAAGGACCACUAUGACCACCAGUACAACUAUCGUUACUGAGACGACAGAUAAAAGGACCAUUAUGACCACCAGUACAACUAUCGCUACUGAGACGACAGAUAAAAGUACCACUAUGACCAUCAGUACAACUAUCGCUACUGAGAGGGCAGAUAAAAGGACCACUAUGAUCACCAGUACAACUACCGCUACUGAGAUGGCAGAUAAAAGGACCACUAUGAUCACCAGUACAACUACCGCUACUGGGACGGCAGAUAAAAGCACCACUAUGAUCACCAGUACAACUAGCGCUACUGAGACGACAGAUAAAAAUCAAAGGACCACUAUGAUCACCAGUACAACUAACGCUACUGAGAUGGCAGAUCAAAGGACCACUAUGAUCACCAGUACAACUAACGCUACUGGGACGGCAGAUAAAAGGACCACUAUGACCACCAGUACAACUAACGCUACUGGGACGGCAGAUAAAAGGACCACUAUGACCACCAGUACAACUAACGCUACUGGGACGGCAGAUAAAAGGACCACUAUGAUCACCAGUACAACUAACGCUACUGGGACGGCAGAUAAAAGGACCACUUUGAUCACCAGUACAACUAACGCUACUGGGACGGCAGAUAAAAGUACCACUAUAACCACCAGUACAACUAACGCUACUGAGAUGGCAGAUAAAAGUACCACUAUGGCCACCAGUACAACUAGCACUACUGAGAUGGCAGAUCAAAUAACCACUAUGACCACCAGUACAACAAGCGCUACUGGGACGGCAGAUAAAAGUACCACUAUGACCACCAGUACAACUAACGCUACUGAGAUGGCAGAUAAAACAACCACUAUGACCACCAGUACAACUAGCGCUACGGGGACGGCAGAUAAAAGUACCACUAUGGCCACCAGUACAACUAGCGCUACUGAGACGACAGAUAAAAAUAAAAGGACCACUAUGACCACCAAUACAACUAUCGCUACUUGGACGGCAGAUAAAAGUACCACUAUGACCACCAAUACAUUUAUCGCUACUGGGACGGCAGAUAAAAGGACCACUAUGAUCACCAGUACAACUAUCGCUACUUGGACGGCAGAUAAAAGCACCACUAUGAUCACCAGUACAACUAUCGCUACUGGGACGGCAGAUAAAAGCACCACUAUGAUCACCAGUACAACUAUCGCUACUGGGACGGCAGAUAAAAGCACCGCUAUGAUCACCAGUACAACUAGCGCUACUGAGAUGGCAGAUAAAACAACCACUAUGACCACCAGUAUAACUAUCGCUACUGGGACGGCAGAUAAAAGGACCACUAUGACCACCAGUACAACUAACGCUACUGGGACGGCAGAUAAAAGCACCGCUAUCAUCACCAGUACAACUAGCGCUACUGGGACGGCAGAUAAAAGGACCACUAUGACCACCAGUACAACUAGCGCUACUGGGACGGCAGAUAAAACAACCACUAUGAUCACCAGUACAACUAUCGCUACUGGGACGGCAGAUAAAAGCACCGCUAUGAUCACCAGUACAACUAUCGCUACUGGGACGGCAGAUAAAAGCACCACUAUGAUCACCAGUACAACUAUUGCUACUGGAACGGCAGAUAAAAGCACCGCUAUGAUCACCAGUACAACUAUCGCUACUGGGACGGCAGAUAAAAGCACCGCUAUGAUCACCAGUACAACUAGCGCUACUGGGACGGCAGAUAAAACAACCACUAUGACCACCAGUACAAUUUGCGCUACUGAGAUGGCAGAUAAAACAACCACUAUGACCACCAGUACAACUAUCGCUACUGGGACGGCAGAUAAAAGGACCACUAUGACCACCAGUACAAUUUGCGCUACUGAGAUGGCAGAUAAAACAACCACUAUGACCACCAGUACAACUAGCGCUACUGGGACGGCAGAUAAAAAUAAAAGCACCGCUAUGAUCACCAGUACAACUAUCGCUACUGAGACGACGGAUAAAAGUACCACUAUGACCACCAGUACAACUAGCGCUACUGAGAUGGCAGAUAAAACAACCACUAUGACCACCAGUACAACUAGCGCUACUGGGACGGCAGAUAAAAGGACCACUAUGACCACCAGUACAAUUUGCGCUACUGAGAUGGCAGAUAAAACAACCACUAUGACCACCAGUACAACUAGCGCUACUGAGAUGGCAGAUAAAACAACCACUAUGACCACCAGUACAACUAGCGCUACUGAGACGACAGAUAAAAGUACCACUAUGACUACAAGUACAACUAGCGCUACUGAGACGACAGAUAAAAGUACCACUUUGACCACCAGUACAACUAGCGCUACUGGGACGACAGAUAAAAGUACCACUAUGACCAUCAGUAUAACUAGCGCUACUGAGACGACAGAUAAAAGUACCACUAUGGCCACCAGUACAACUAGCGCUACUGAGACGACAGAUAAAAGUACAACUUCGACCACCAGUACAACUAGCGCUACCGAGACGGCAGAUAAAAGAACCACUAUGACCACCAGUACAACUAGCGCUACUGAGACGACAGAUAAAAGUACCACUAUGGCCACCAGUACAACUAGCGCUACUGAGACGACAGAUAAAAGUACAACUUCGACCAGCAGUACAACUAGCGCUACCGAGACGGCAGAUAAAAGAACCACUAUGACCACCAGUACAACUAGCGCUACUGAGACGACAGAUAAAAGUACCACUAUGGCCACCAGUACAACUAGCGCUACUGAGAAGACAGAUAAAAGUACCACUUUGACCACCAGUACAACUAGCGCUACUGGGACGACAGAUAAAAGUACCACUAUGGCCAUCAGUACAACUAGCGCUACUGAGACGACAGAUAAAAGUACCACUAUGACCACCAGUACAACUAACGCUACUGGGACGGCAGAUAAAAGACAACUAACGCUACUGAGACGACGGAUAAAGUACCACUAUGACCACCAGACAACUAACGCUACUGAGACGGCAGAUAAAAGUACCACUUUGACCACCAGUACAACUAGCGCUACUGAGACGACAGAUAAAAAUACCACUAUGACCACCAGGACAACUAACGCUACUGAGACGGCAGAUAAAAGUACCACUUUGACCACAAGUACAACUAACGCUACUGAGACGACAGAUAAAAGUACCACUAUGGCUACCAGUACAACUAGCGCUACUGAGACGACAGAGAAAAGUACAACUUCGACCACCAGUACAACUAGCGCUACUGGAACGACAGAUAAAAGUACCACUAUUACCAUCAGGACAACUAACGCUACUGAGACGGCAGAUAAAAGUACCACUAUGACCACCAGUACACCUAGCGCUACUGAGACGACAGAUAAAAGUACCACUAUGACCACCAGUACAACUAGCGCUACUGAGACGACAGAAAAAAGUACCACUAUGGCCACCAGGACAACUAGCGCUACUGAGACGACAGAUAAAAGUACCACUAUGACCACCAGUACAACUAACGCAACUGAGACGGCAGAUAAAAGUACCACUAUGACCACCAGCACAACUAGCACUACUGAGACGACAGAUAAAAGUACCACUAUGACCACCAGUACAACUAGCGCUACUGAGACGACAGAUAAAAGUACCACUCUGAUCACCAGUACAACUAGCGCUACUGAGACGACAGAUAAAAGUACCACUCUGACCACCAGUACAACUAGCGCUACCGGGACGACAGAUAAAAGUACCACUAUGACCACCAGGACAACUAGCGCUACUGAGACGACAAGUAAUAGUACCACUAUGACCACCAGGACAACUAGCGCUACUGAGACGACAGAUAAAAGUACCACUAUGACCACCAGUACAACUAGCGCUAAUGAGACGACAGAUAAAAGUACCACUAUGACCACCAAUACAACUUACGCUACUGAGACGACAGAUAAAAGUACUACUAUGACCACCAGUACAACUAGCGCUACUGAGACGACAGAUACAAGGACCAUUAUGACCACCAGUACAACUAGCGCUUCUGAGACGACAGAUAAAAGUACCACUAUGACCACCAGUACAACUAGCGCUACUGAGACGGCAGAUAAAAGUACCACUAUGACCACCAGUACAACAAGCGCUACUGAGACGACAGAUAAAAGUACCACUAUGACCACCAGUACAAAUAUCGAUACUGAGACGACAGAUAAAAGUACCACCAUGACCACCAGUACAACUAUCGCUACUGAGACGACAGAUACAAGUACCACCAUGACCACCAGUACAACUAUCGCUACUGGGACGGCAGAUAAAAACACCACUAUGAUCACCAGUACAACUAGUGGUACUGGGACGACAGAUAAAAGUACCACUAUGACUACCAGUACAACUAGCGCUACUGAGACGGCAGAUAAAAGUACCACUAUAACCACCAGUACAACAAGCGCUACUGAGACGACAGAUAAAAGUACCACUAUGACCACCAGUACAACUAUCGCUACUGGGACGGCAGAUACAAGUACCACCAUGACCACCAGUACAACUAUCGCUACUGGGACGGCAGAUAAAAACACCACUAUGAUCACCAGUACAACUAGUGGUACUGGGACGACAGAUAAAAGUACCACUAUGACCACCAGUACAACUAGCGCUACUGAGACGGCAGAUAAAAGUACCACUAUAACCACCAGUACAACAAGCGCUAUUGAGACGACAGAUAAAAGUACCACUAUGACCACCAGUACAAAUAUCGAUACUGAGACGACAGAUAAAAGUACCACCAUGACCACCAGUACAACUUUCGCUACUGGGACGGCAGAUAAAAACACCACUAUGAUCACCAGUACAACAAGUGGUACUGGGACGACAGAUAAAGUACCACUAUGA